AUGCUCGGCAUUAUCUUGAAGAUUGUUGUCUUGCUGGCUUUCUUGUCUGUCAUGAUUGCUCUUUCUUCACAUCCUGCUUUGAUGGCUGCAUGCUCCGUACCUGGAGGACCGAAGACCUUGCAACUCGCUGGCAUCUCGUGUCAUGAUCUUCCCAAAUACACAAAUACCUCUGCUACACCCAUAGGCCCGAUCCUCGAAGCGAAUAUUGAGACGGUCAAACUCAAGGAGCCAGCAAUCGAGCUCUUGCCAUGGGCGAACCAGUUCCGCAGCAUGGAAAUCGGACUCCUUGAUGUGGCACAAGACAUACGACACAGCAAGAUUAAAGACAAGGAGGCGGCUUCGAGGGCAGGGGUAGAAUAUGCCAGAAAUGCGAAAAAGUUGGGACGGUCGUUGUACAGACUCUACUACAACAUUACCGUGCAUAUGGAAGCAAUUUCUAUGAACUUGGAUUCGCUGGCCUAUCAAGUCGAGGAGCGCGGCACGCGAACUGGGGCACUGGCGGUGUGGCUUGGUUACGACAUCGUGAAGGACAUGACCACUUACCUGGACGAGGUGGUUCCUCAGAUCGAGAUGCUUAUCAGAGAAGGCGAUGAUUCUGAGAAACACUUUGUGCGUUUAGAUACCAGCUGGAAUCUACUAGACGGUUACCGCCAACAAGGUAUCUUGCAACUCCAACACAAUCUCACAAGCCGGCCUUUCUAUCAUGUCUUGCCGUUCUGGUCUAGGGAGCGUGCCCGCCAAAAGAAAGACUUGUUGCUACUCGAGAACAUGCAGGAAGUCCAUCAUAAGCCUGCGCAAGAAAUUAUAUGGCAGAUCCGUGCGAUCCUUUACUCGACUCUGAAUACUUUAGAAAUCGCCCGUCAGAUUUCCAGAGAAGGAAAAAAAGACUGGCCAUACUUGGACAUGUCCUCAGCGGUGGGGGAUUUGAGUCAUUGCGCCGAGCACCUGCGUGAAAAUUCUCGGGCCAUGGUCACAGAGGCGAACGAGGAGAACGAGCGCUCACUGCGACAGGCGUGGUUGGCCUACAGUAACCGAAGAAAGGGAGCAUAG